CCAGAAGUGCAUGUAAACAAAGAGCAGAUGCCCCUUUGGCGAGUUAUUUUUGCAGUUUUUAACGACGCAGGGCAUACGGAUUUAGCCGAGAAUCAAAUCUGGUUUAUAAAUUGACACGUGAAAGCUACAGAAGAGUUGUUAACGCGAUCUUAGCUAUAUUGGGGCUAUAUUUCUUAGUUUUAUCUUAAAUUUCCAAGUACAAUUUGUCACCUUGUAGAAUGUCUCCACCGUGGAUUACAGGAAAGAAAUUAGUGCACUUAGAUCUAAAAGGUGCACCUCCAAGAAUAGAUUAUCUUCUCAAGUUAAUCGAGCUGUUUGCAAAGCUGGGAGCAAAUGGGCUUCUGGUGGAGUACGAAGACAUGUUUCCUUAUGAGGGAGAGCUGAAGGUGCUGCAAGCCACCGCACAGUCUGCAUACAGUAAAGAGGAGGUGAUGUCCAUCCAGAAGACUGCCAAAGCUAACGGCCUGGAGGUCAUCCCACUCAUCCAGACCUUUGGACACAUGGAGUUUGUCCUGAAGCAUGAUUGUCUCCGGCACAUGAGAGAGGUGGACCACUGCCCGGGCACUUUGAGUCCACACGGAGACCGGCCUCUGCAGCUUGUCAUGCACAUGCUCAGACAGGUCAUAGAGCUACACCCAGAACUCACCACUCUGCACAUAGGAGCAGAUGAGGUGUACUUGCUGGGUGAGGGGGAGGAGUCCAGGAGGUGGCUGGGGUCACCUGGUCGCAGCGUGGAGCAGCUCUUCCUCAGUCAUGUGACCGCUGUGGCCCGGGCUGUGAAGACAAUGUGGCCACACCUCACCGUCCUCAUGUGGGACGACAUGAUGAGGGACAUGAGCCAGGACACGCUCAGGGACAGUGGUCUGGUCGGACUGGUCCAGCCAAUGUUGUGGGACUACAAUCCUGAUCUGGAUGUGAACAAAACAGUGUCCCUUUUGGAGAAGUAUAGCGGGGCGGGCAUGGUGGACGUGUGGGCAGCCAGUGCUUUCAAAGGCUGUACCAGUGUGCACUGCUGUGUGCCCUCGUCUCAAAGACAUGUGGACAACACUCUGCAGUGGCUCAGGGUGGCACAGUCUGUGUCUGCUGGGGUACACGUGAGGGGCAUCGCUCUCACCGGCUGGCAAAGAUAUGACCACCUGUCUGUGCUGUGCGAGCUGUUACCAGUCGCUCUGCCCUCUUUAGCCUCUUGUCUCCAGACCCUCGCGGAUGGACAGUUUGAUGCUAAAACUCAAAACAAGAUCACCGCAAAACUGGGGAUUUCAUCUGUGGAGGUGGAGGCGAUGGAAAGAAUUUCCCAAAACACCACCAUGUUUCCGGGGAGAUUUCUGGCUGAGAUAAUUGUUGACCUAAAUUCAUUUCUAAAUUCUGAAGAAGUUAGAUAUUUUGAGCACAACAUGUUUCUAAGGGGCUGGUUUAGUCCUCACCAAAAACAAAAGAAGAUGGCCAACCCUCUGAUCAUAAUGCAGAUCCAAAACCAAGCCUCAACGUAUCUGUUAGUGCUGCAGCAGAAGCUGCAGGUCCUCAGAGGUGAGAUGAGCGCUCUGUACCCAGACUCCACAGUGCAGGAGUGGGAGGAGGAGCAUGUGUGGCCUGUCCAAGCUCCACUGCAGAAGGUCCUGGAGGAGACCACGGCCUGUCUGAGGGACAUGCUGCCAGGACACACAUGCUAAAGACAGUCUGAGAGUUGUAUGUGAUGUUUGCGCCACAACAACAAAGCCAGAGUUUGUCUCAUUCUCUCUAUAUGGACGGGUCAAGCUUCAUGCUCAGAACCUCCAGGAUUCCCUCCCUGAGCUGCAGAGGCUGCACUAGCACUGACUCAUGAUUGGCUGAAGAGCUGGGGUUUAGGCAGUGAGUCCAUUUUUUUUGUAAUGAAGAAUCAGUGUUAUCAGUAAAAUCAAAAUGUGAAAAUUUGACCACUUUGAAUGUUUAUUAAUUAUGUAUGAAUCAUGUUAAUUUUCUGUAAAAAUCCCCCACAGUAUCUCAGUAAAAUUGUACUGUGAAGUGAAUAUUGCUAAUCUGAUAUUAUAGGCUGUGUGUAUAGUCUAAUACCUACAGAUUUCUGGAAUAUUAUGUGUAAAUUAUUCAAAGGUAGAUUUCAAAGCCAAAAGUUUACAAAAAAGUAUUAACUACUGGUUGAACUAAUCAUGAAUUAAUGGUGUUACUUAGACAUUUGUUAAUCUUUAUCACAUGCCUAAAUAAUCUGAAAUUUUGAUUGUUGUUUCUCUGGAAUUUGACCAACCUUACCAAAUGCUUAAUAAAGUGAAAUUAGUCUUCACUUUAGAAAAGCUCUUAAAAAGACUUAACAGAUAAUAGCUGUCUGAAUUAUCAUUGCAUUGCAUUAUUAGUAAAUCAUUUUCUUAUAGCUUACUAAUCAUUAAUAAAUGCUCAAAUUUGUACUUAAAUAUGUAUUUACAAAUGCACACACAAAUGGUUAGUUCAUGAGUAAUUAAGUAAGAAAUAAUUAUGAGUAACUAUUAGGGCUGGGUAUCAUUAAGAAGUUACCGAUACGAUAUAUAUCUCGAUACAUAGGCCACGAUACGAUACGCUUUUCUAUACAGUGAGCUUUCGAUUCAAUACAAUUCGAUACAAUAUAUUUCACAUCAAUUCGAUACGGUACAGUGUAAAAAAGGCUAAAUGAUGGCUUUAAUACUAAAAGUCCACUAAGUUUGUGAAAAGUGAAUGUGAAAAACAUCCAUUUUACUCAAAACAGUGAAAAUGUCAACACAACUGUAGCUCUUACACAAACUAAUUUAGUGAAAAUAUACCUAAAAUAUACCUCGAUACAGCAGCCCACAAUAGCGAUACUGUAUGAGCACAUUAAACGAUAUGAUAUAUCGAUAUUUUGAUAUUUUUGCACACCCCUAGUAACUAUUUACAGCACAGGUGAAUUAAGUGCAAGUUAAGUGCUAAUUAAGGUUAAUAAUUAAGUAGUUACUAAGCGUGAAUCAUUAUUAAUUAAGCCUUUGUUCAUUAUUAAUUAAGCCUUUGUUCAUGCUUUAUUAAGGCUAAAUAAGUUAUUAUAAAGUGUUACCCAAGAGAGCUGUUUUUACACAUGCAAUGCUGGAUGAUACGGCACAACUGUAACUUUGGACUGGGUCUGAACCAUUUUGAAAAUUGUCUAAUUGCAAUUAGAUUUGAAAUGUAUGUUUUAAUGAUAAGCUUCUGUUCAAAGUUCACAUUUGAAACACAUCCAGAAGAACUGACAAAAAGACGGAAAUCUGAAUGGACUAAUAAUAACUAAUAGAAGAGUCACAGUUCAGAGCAUGUUCACAGGGUUAGCUAUUUUUAUGCCGAAUAAGAGAGGAGAUAUAGUUGUUUGUGUAGGAAAUGAUUUAGAUUUUUUUUUAAAUGCAGUCUUUAUGAUGAUAUAUGUUGUGUCUAUUCAGAUUUCAAUUUGAUUUCAAUAAAUUUUACAGCCCUA